CGGCGGACGUCGCUUCCGCAGCAGCAUGGCGGCCACGGAGGACGAGCGUCCGGCGGGGAGCGGUGAGGGAGAGCGGCUGGAUUUCCUGCGAGACCGGCACGUGCGGUUCUUCCAGCGCUGCCUCCAGGUCUUGCCUGAGCGUUAUUCUUCGCUCGAGACCAGCAGGUUGACAAUUGCAUUUUUUGCUCUCUCCGGGCUGGAUAUGUUGGACUCCUUAGAUGUGGUGAACAAAGAUGAUAUAAUAGAGUGGAUUUACUCCCUGCAGGUCCUUCCCACAGAAGACAGAUCCAAUCUAAAUCGCUGUGGUUUCCGAGGCUCUUCAUACCUGGGUAUUCCAUUCAACCCAUCAAAGAAUCCUGGAACAGCUCAUCCUUAUGAUAGUGGCCACAUAGCAAUGACCUACACUGGCCUUUCGUGCUUAGUUAUUCUUGGAGAUGACCUAAGCCGAGUAAAUAAGGAAGCUUGCUUAGCGGGCUUGAGAGCUCUUCAGCUGGAAGAUGGGAGUUUCUGCGCAGUCCCUGAAGGCAGUGAAAAUGACAUGCGAUUUGUAUACUGUGCUUCCUGCAUUUGCUAUAUGCUCAACAACUGGUCUGGCAUGGAUAUGAAAAAAGCCAUCAAUUACAUUAGAAGAAGUAUGUCCUAUGACAAUGGGCUGGCACAGGGAGCUGGACUUGAAUCUCAUGGAGGAUCGACUUUUUGUGGCAUUGCAUCACUGUGUCUGAUGGGUAAACUAGAAGAAGUUUUUUCAGAAAAAGAAUUGAACCGGAUAAAGAGGUGGUGUAUAAUGAGGCAACAAAAUGGUUAUCAUGGAAGACCUAAUAAGCCCGUAGACACCUGUUACUCUUUUUGGGUAGGAGCAACUCUAAAGCUUCUGAAAAUUUUUCAGUACACUAACUUUGAGAAAAAUAGAAAUUACAUCUUGUCAACUCAAGAUCGGCUCGUGGGAGGAUUUGCCAAGUGGCCAGAUAGUCAUCCAGAUGCUUUACAUGCAUACUUUGGGAUCUGUGGCCUGUCACUAAUGGAAGAAAGCGGAAUUUGCAAAGUUCAUCCUGCCCUGAAUGUAAGCACACGGACUUCUGAACGCCUUCGAGAUCUCCAUCAGAGCUGGAAAACCAAGGACUCUAAACAGUGUUCCGAGAAUGUGCACAUCUCCACGUGACUGACUUCCUUUGGGGGGUGGGGGGGAGGCAGGGAGUUUGUAGCAUAACUGUAGCUCAAGGUUCAAAGCCAUGUAUAACCAAGUGUGCUCUUUUCUUAAGAGGUAGAGUCUCACAGUCAGAUUGCGUGCUGAUGUCACUUUGGAAUAUGGUCUUGAGCCAGUAACCUUUGGACUGGGUUUCAAGAAAAUCUUUGUUGAAGUUUGAACCACAGUGGACUCUGUUGUGGUUCUUAAAUGUUUAUACUGUAUUUCUAAGAAGUUCUUUGGGCAAAUUAACUGUAUGUAUGUAGGUUAUCUUUUUAAAAAAACUCUUCAGUGCGAAUUGUAUCAUACUGUAAAAUGGACACAAAUCUUCAGAACAAGUUUACAGUUCACAGAGCGUUGAUAAUCUGCGGGUGAACACUUAGUGAUCAUUUGAAAAGCUUGCCAGCUGAUGGUAAAAAAUUGCUUUAAUGAAUGAAGUAUUUAGGAUUCUUUGAAAACAGAUGAUUCCAUAAUUUUUAAAAAGAAGAAUGACUUAUUUUGUCUUAUUAAGUAAAGUGUGCCAGUAAACGUACGUGGCCUAUAUAAAUGAAAUUAACUUCAUAGCAAGGAUGAAUAGGCUUAACUAAUAUAGUAAUUUUCUAAGUGGACAUUGAUUUAAGAAGACUAUUAUGUAACUAAGGAAAAAAUAAUUUAACUGUAUGUGAUUGUGAAUGAGAAGGUUUUGUGCUAUGUGGGUCACUUAUUUAGAUGUUGCUGGAGUGAAUAACAGGUUUGAUUUUAAGUUCAUUAUUAGUUGCUUUUCCUUUCUGGGGAGAAAACAGUCAUCUAGAAGGAAAGACAUCUAGUGGUUUUGUUUAUGUUUCUGAAAUAUGUGAUAUUGUAAAUUAUACUUGUACUUUUAUAACAGAGUUAUUUUUAGCCAUUUAGAUUUUUUUUUUUUUUAGUUUGUUGCCUCUAGUGUGUUAGUGGUUCUGAUUUCACACUGACAAUUUUCUAAUUUUUUCAAAGCAAAUAAGUAAAAAUCUCAGUAAAAAAACAGAACCACUAAAGUAGAUUUAAUGGUGCAGCUCCAUACAUGGUCAUUUAUAUUUUUAUAUUUUCAGGUAAGUGGAAGGGAAACGUUCUCUUUAGGGGUUAAGGACUGGGAUUUCGCUUUUGUUCUUUCAGUUUUGUUUUCUUAAUUCUUUGAACUACCUAAUUGUAAAGGAAAUGGCAUAAUAACUCAUCUUCAUUCGUGACCAGUUUAUCAAUAAAUCACUUCCAUCACUGUUGUUGAAUGACGUUCAAAGAUGUGAGAUGAGUACCGAAAUGGAGAAGAUCUCUUCACUAAAGAAGCUGGGUUUAAGUUAAAGUCUUGGGGAUUAUAAAUCUUGAGUUAUUCUGCAACUAUCAGUACAAAAACUAAAUUACUAGCAUUACUGUUUAGGAAUUAAAAUAUUUAAAUUUUAAUUUAUUUCCUAAAUUGGAGGGAGAAAUACUCUUAAAUAAUGGUCCUUCCAAAGGGAAAUCUGGUAUAUGCUUGGAGAAAUGAUUCAUUUGUAGUUGGCAUGUUUAGUCUUAAACCUCACCUUGCCAAAGUCAACUUUAUUAUGUUUUUAAUUAGAAAUAAAAUCCAUUUUCUGAUUGUGGGGAAAAUAUAAGCUUAACAAGAGAUGUUAUCUUUCGAUGAGUUAUUUCAGUUGCUACUAUUUAAAUCCUGGCAAAUUAAAACAUCCCCAUCUCAAACUAAGUCACUUCCUAAACAUUAGAAGUUAAAAUAGCAUAUAUGAUACAGCUUUAGAUCAGUUACAAAAAGCCCUGAUUGCUUUUUCUGAAUUGCCAUCAGUGGUUAGAAGGUAAGAAAGUUAGUAAUAAUGGUAACUGUAUUUGUAAAUGCGAGGGAAGUCCAAGUUUAAAAGUAUUUCAUAAAACUAUUAAGAAGUAUCUCCUAGCUCCUUGUAUAAUUUAAUAGCAUGAGAUUAUAAAUUACAUUAUGAUUCUGAAUGGGGCCUUUUUAUGAAACCUUGUGGCCCAGUAGGUGUUUACCUUCCAUAGCAACGUGCCGACCGAAACAACCCAGUGAACCUACAGAGAAACUACUCCUGUUUCUAAAUAGUUAUUUACAAGAAGAGUAUAAACUAAGCGAUAAGUAAUAUUUCACGUAUAUGCUUUGUUCUUUAGCAGUGCUAUUACAAUGAGCAGGGAAAGAGGAAGUCCACAAGAACUCUGUUCCCUGUGUUCUGCCCCUACCCUGAGUAUGGUAUUUUUCAGAUGUUGGUAGAAGCUUUGUUUAGAGCAUCUGCAGGAGAACAAGAUUCAUCAGGUCACACAACACAGUUCAACCUAUUCAUCAUCUGCAGUGUCUUUAGAUUUGACCUAUACUGUGUAUGUGUGUGUGUGUGUGUGUGUGUGUGUGUGUGUGUGUGUAUUAGAUCUUGAAAUAGCUAUUCUUUAAUUUCAGUUCACAUAGAGGUUUUGAUUACAGUGGUAGAUAGUUUGGAAAUGGUCGCACCUGAUAAUAUUUGAGAGUCAGUUUAGUAAGGAGGUGCUCUGGAGUGUGAUGAGUUGGGUUUAAAUCCCAGAUCUGCCAGUUCAGCAGUAUGAUCUUGGACCUGGGAGUGGGGGGGACUAAUUCCUGAGGUUAUUCAAGGAUUAAAUGAGAUAAUGCAUAUAAAGCAUUUGGCAUAGCACCUGAAAUCCAGUAAAUUUCUAAGUAUAAUUUCUGUCACAACCAUCAUAAAAUGAUUGCUACUGAAAUCUCUUCUGUAAUAGAGCUUUCACAGGGUUAAGCUCCAGGAAGAUGACAGCAAUAGUGUACUUUCUGAGCCUUAGCAUAAGAAUACAGGGUAACCAGGAUAGCCCCAGACCCCGUUCUACAAAACUAGAUGACAGUUGUCCCCAUGACCCUCAAGAGUGAGGCAAGCAAGGAAGGACAGACCACUGACCGACAGAUAGUUUCGGCGUCUGCCUGUGGGGAAGGGGAAAGCAGGCAGCUAUUCGCUGACAGCACGGUUUCUUGGCAGCCUGGCAGGGGGUCUGUCACCAGAAGCAGAGACUGGCCAGGCUCCUACAGGUUCCCUCCGCCGGUGGGUGUGCCAGCAACGUAGUGAGCUGGGCCCCGGGGCUGUAUAUAUCUCAGAACUGAUGACACAAAGCCUGGCACAGGGAGAAACUGCUGAAAGUAGAAUUUCAGCUGGACAGGACAGGUAUGAGAGGACAAGGAAAAGAGAAAGUCCAGGUCAAUGUUGAGAAGGAAUGUCACUGGUGAUGUCCUGUCAAUUACUUUCUCAGAAUGAACAAGAAGCUUUAGGACAGGAGCUAAGAAAAAUCCUAGAGCACUCCUCUCUUCUAAAAAGUACAGGAAAACUUCAAACAACAAAAACUGUGAGAAGGAUUACAAUCAAAUCUCCUCCAAAGACAAAAUAAGAAUAAACAGGGCAAGCACACCAGAAAGACAUGACCACAGGGCUGAUGAACACUUCAAUAUAUUUCUUUUAAAAAGCAGUUAGGACAGGAAAUUUAUACUAGUUAGAACUGUAGCAUUAAAAAUGGAAGAAGCUGAAAAUUAAAUCUUAAAAACUUGGAGCAGAAAAGCAAACCAAAAGAAAACAGAAGAAAGGAAUUUGUAAAAGGGAGAGAGGAAAAUUACCACCACCUAACCUAUUCAAGAACAAAAGGUUGAAAUGACAUGGGAGAAAUAACCAUAAAACAGGAGAAAUUUCAAAAUUCUAAGACUACUUUAAAUAAUUUUAUACAAUCAGAAGACUAACUUUUCUUAGAAAAACGCAAAUUGAAAUUGCCAGGGUUUACCUUGUAGAUACAGAAAUUUAAAUCAAUUAUCAUAGAAGAAACUAAUAGAGGACUCCUUACCAAAAAAAGUGUUGGGUCUUGAUUAUUUCAAGGGAUUUCUACCAAACCUUAAGAUGAAAUAAUCCUGGCAUUUAUACAAUUCCAGAAGCUAGAAAAAGAAUCUUGAGCCUCAAAGUGCCAAAAAAAAAAAAA